AUGCGUAUCCUCCCGAACCGGCUGCUCUCUUCAUCUCCAUCUCAAGGUGCGAAUUCAAGAAGUGAGAGCCCAAUGCGACCAAAAACCGACUCCUUUGGCCUUGGAGGGGGGCCAGCAGCUGGCCUGACCCUCAGGGUGGUCAUCAUGCGGGCAAGAAAUCUGGCGGCCAAAGACCGUAGUGGAACUUCGGAUCCGUAUCUCGUGGUUACGCUUGGCGACGCGCGAAUCGUCACCCACUCCGUCCCCAAAACGCUCAACCCCGAAUGGAACGUCAUCGAGGAGCUGCCCAUAAGCUCUGUACAAAGCCUGGUAGUGGGCGUCAUAUGCUGGGACAAGGAUCGUUUUGGCAAGGAUUAUCUCGGAGAGUUCGACCUGGCGCUCGAAGAGAUCUUCCAGACCGAAGCCGCCGAACAAGAGCCGCGGUGGUAUCCCCUGAAGAGCAAGCGUCCUGGCAAGAAGACCAGCAUCGUUUCCGGCGAGGUCCAGCUCCAAUUCACCCUGCUUGACACCGCAAACCCUUUUCUCCCUCACCAGCAGCUGUUUGAAAAGUUCUAUGCCCUUGUUGGCACAGUCCCCGUUGGCUCGUCCCGAAACGGUCUCAAGAAAAAGAGACGGCAGGAUCCCUACGCUUUUACCAAUGGUGACUCCGACGUUGUCGGUAUAAUUUACCUGGAGGUUUCCAGGAUCACAGACCUUCCACCCGAGUCAAACUUGACACGGACUGGCUUUGAUAUGGAUCCGUUUGUCGUGGCAUCACUGGGCAAGAAGACAUACCGCACCAGGCGAGUCCGGCACAACCUCAACCCAGUGUUCAAUGAGAAGAUGAUCUUCCCGGUGCAGUACCACGAGCAGCAGUACUCGUUUGGAUUUACUGUCAUCGACCAUGACAAGUACUCCGGCAACGACUUCAUCGCUUCGUGUAACCUGCCCGUUCAGUCGCUCAUAGAAAAGGCGCCUCAGGCAAACCCAGAGACCGGACUGUACGAAGUCCGUACCCCCGAACCAGAACCGCUGCCAGCACCAGUUGUCGCGAAAUCUCGUCUCCAGAGGCUGGGGGUUUCCCGUUCCUCAUCGACGCAAAGUCUAAGCAAGAUGAUGCGCUCGCAGGCCCCUAGGUCUACUCCUUCAAACGGCUCCUCUUCACUUACAGCGCUUGGCGAUGGAAGCGGUCCGCAGUCUAGCAACACGUCCUUGGCACCUGCAGAUGCUCUUGCUGGCACCGGCGCUGAGACUCCAGAGCCCGCUGCGGAGACGGAUGAUCCCGAUUUCACAGAGUACGCUCUACCGCUGAAGAUGAAGAACUUGGAUAAAUGGGAAAGCAAGCACAACCCCAUCAUCUACCUGAGGGCCAAGUAUGUACCAUACCCAGCCCUCCGCCAGCAAUUUUGGCGAGCGCUGUUGAAGCAGUAUGAUACAGACGAGAGUGGCCUUAUCAGCAGGAUCGAGCUCAGUACAAUGCUGGAUACUCUUGGCUCAACAUUGAAGGAUUCUACAAUCGACAGCUUCUUUCAGCGCUUCCCUCACAAGGCUGCCGAUAAUGAGGAAUCGUGGGAGCUGACCUUUGACGAAGCCGUGCUGUGUCUGGAAGAUCAGCUGCAGGCCAGGAGCCGAUCUGGAAGCAAGACUCCCAUUUUAGAUAUGAAGAGCCUCAGCCUCUCUGGUAAGUCAUCUGGGGACUCGGCCGGACAGCCAAGCUCAGAAGGCUCAGGGAACUCGACACCCCAGAUUAUGGUGGAGCCGCCAGCAGAGGCGACGACGCCCAUACCCGAGAUCAGCACGCCAAACGAUGAGGGAGAGGAGGGGUAUUUUGAUCGAGAAGACUCCAAGGAAGAACAUGUGGUGGAGAUUCGAGAGUGUCCCAUCUGUCAUCAGCCUCGCCUGAACAAGCGCAGCGACGGUGAUAUCAUUACGCACAUUGCGACCUGUGCUAGCCAGGACUGGCGCCAGGUCAACACAGUCCUCGUGGGCGGAUUUGUGACGGCCAGCCAGGCGCAAAGAAAAUGGUACUCCAAGGUGAUUACUAAAAUCUCAUACGGCGGAUACAAGCUCGGUGCCAACUCGGCAAACAUUCUCGUUCAGGAUCGUCUCACAGGACAGAUUAACGAGGAGAAGAUGAGCGUCUAUGUGCGCUUGGGCAUCCGACUCCUCUACAAGGGACUGAAGUCGAAGGACAUGGAGAAUAAGCGAAUCCGGAGAAUGCUGAAGAAUUUGAGCAUCAAACAGGGCAAGAAAUUUGACGACCCUGCUUCGCGAGACGAGAUUGAAAAGUUCAUCGACUUUCAUCGAUUGGAUAUGUCAGAAGUCUUGCUGCCGAUUGAAGAGUUCAAAAACUUUAACGAAUUCUUCUACCGUGCGCUCAAGCCUGGGGCCAGGCCGUGUUCGGCGCCGGACAACCCUCGUAUCAUUGUCUCGCCAGCCGAUUGCCGAAGCGUGGUCUUUAACCAAAUCACGCAGGCGACCAAGAUCUGGGUCAAGGGUCGUGAAUUCAACAUGAAGAGGCUCCUCGGAGAUGCCUAUCCAGACGACGUCUCGCGGUUCGAGAACGGCGCUCUGGGCAUCUUCCGACUGGCCCCUCAAGACUACCACAGAUUCCACAUCCCCGUCGACGGUGUCAUGGGCAAGCCCAUCACCAUUGCUGGCGAGUAUUAUACAGUCAACCCAAUGGCGAUUCGUUCGGCGUUGGAUGUGUACGGCGAGAACGUGAGAGUGCUGGUGCCCAUUGACAGCGAAGUCCACGGACGGGUCAUGGUCAUCUGCGUCGGAGCCAUGAUGGUGGGCAGCACGGUGAUUACGCGCAAGGAAGGCGAGCGCGUGAGCCGUGCCGAAGAACUUGGCUACUUUGCGUUUGGCGGUAGCACGAUACUUUUACUGUUUGAGCCCGGCAAGAUGCGAUUUGAUGACGAUCUAGUGGAUAACUCUAACGGAGCCCUCGAGACCUUGAUUCGCGUCGGCAUGUCGAUUGGACAUUCGCCCUCUCAAUCACAGUGGACCCCAGACAUGCGCAAGAAUGAGCAGGACAUUACGGAAGCUGAUAAGCAGGAGGCAAAGAGACGAAUCCAAGGCAGCGCUGCACUGGAGGAAGAGUCGCCCGGGGACAGCGGGGAUGAGAACCGAGGAACCAAGAGAUCAUCGCUUCCCCCAACUGUCAACACGCUGGCAGCAUCAUCUUUGUAAAUGGGAGAGGGGGAAGAUGAAUGAUGGUCAAGCGCCUAGUCAUAGUAUGAAGAGCCACAGUACGCACGCUGGAAUUGCGCGCCUUGCUGUCAUUGGAUACACUUGCAUGGAAAUCAUAGUUAUGGGAGAUUAGCAUGUUUACUAGCAGAUUACAUCGCGGAGCCUCAACAGCAUAUGUAUUUGAAGAAGAAGCAAUGAACAAAUGAUUUAUUACUCG